CAGAAAUGGUCCUGGAAGGCGUUUUCGUCGCUGGUGUAAGAAAUCGUUGCGUAUUUUAAUGCCUAAGACGUCUCUGAGAUGGAUUCCGUUGGGACCUACUGGCGAAUCGGUGGAGUCAGUAAUAGUCGGGGAGGUUGUCCGUGGAACUAGUGAAGGUUUCUUGGUGUCUCUGGAGAGCCUUUGAGCCCGAUCUUCCUUCAGAAUCCAGCCUACAACUUCUCAGCAGCUCUGCUUGAGUUCACAGAUAGACUACUAAGUUUCAGACUUCCUAGAGAACAAAGCUUACAACCCAUUUGGCCAUGUCAGCUAAUUGGACUUCACUUCAAAGAUUCUCUUCCCUGGUUCCAGAGGAUCAUGGCAACUCAAGCGAGAUAUUCAAGGUGAAUUGAGUGUUGUGGUCUAAGUCUCUGGUCACUGCAGCUGUAUCAGCACUGGGGGUGCCUCAAACCCACUAAUGGUGUGACUUUUGCAGACUUCUGGUGGUACCACUUUGGUGAGUUUGGGGAUCAGUGUCCUUCAGGGAUGUGGCUAUAGAUUUCAGCAGAGAGGAAUGGCAGCACCUGGACCCUUCUCAGAGAAACCUCUACUGGGAUGUGAUGCUGGAGACCUAUAGCCACCUGCUAUCAAUAGGAUAUCAUGGUCCUAAAGAAGAGGUUGUCAUGUUGGAGCAAGGAAAGGAGCCAUGGACAUUGCAGGAUGAGCGUCCACAUCAGAGCUCUUUAGGUCAGAAAUUAUGGGACCUUAAUCAAUGUGGAAAAAUCCUCAGGUAUACACAGGCAACCUGUCCACAUCAGAAAAUGCAUCCUGGGGAGAAAUGUUAUGACUGUGCCAAAUUUGGAAAGAUGUUCACUGAAACGUCACAGUUCAAUGUCCAUCCUAACGUUCAUACAGGAGAAAACUUCUUUGUAUGUACUGAAUGUGGGAAGGCUUUUGUACAGAAGCAAGAAUUCAUUACACAUCAAAAAACACAUUGUAGAGACAAGCUAUACAAAUGUGAUAAAUGUGGAAAAUUCUUUUUCGAACAAUCUUUUCUCUUAAGACACCAGAGAAUUCAUACCAGAGAAAAACUCUGUGAAUGCAGUGAAUGGGGGAGAGGCUUCUCUCAUAACUUAGAUCUCAGUAUAUGUGAGAAAAUUCAUACAGGUGACAGAUCCUAUACAUGUAUUGAAUGUGGACAAGCCUUUAUCCAGAAGACACAAUUGACUGCGCAUCAAAUAAUUCAUUCUAGAGAUAAACAAAAUGAAUGUAGUAACUAUGGGCAAUCCUUUAUUUCCAAGUCACAACUUCAGGUACAUCAACAAAUUCACACAAAAGUGAAGCCCUAUAUAAGUACCAAAUGUGGGAAGGUCUUCAGUAAUAGUUCCAAUCUCAUUACACAUGAAAAAGUUAAAAUUAGAAAGAAAUCCUUCAUAUGUGCUGAAUGUGGAAAGGCUUUUACCUACAGGUCAGAGUUGAUUAUACAUCAGAGAAUUCACACUGGAGAGAAACCUUAUGAAUGCAGUUACUGUGGAAAAGCUUUCACCCAGAAGUCAGCACUCACAGUGCACCAGAGAAUUCACACAGGAGAAAAGUCAUUUGUAUGCAUGAAAUGUGGGUUAGCCUUCAUCCUGAAGGCACGCUUGAUUGCACAUCAAAGAAUUCAUACUGGAGAGAAACCUUAUGAAUGCUGUCACUGUGGGAAAUUUUUUACUUCCAAGUCACAACUCCAUGUGCAUAAACGAAUUCAUACAGGAGAAAAACCAUAUACAUGCAAUAAAUGUGAAAAGGCAUUCAGUGACAGGUCCAAUCUCGUUAAACAUCAGAAAACUCACAUAGGAGACAAAUCCUAUAUAUGUUCUAAAUGUGGAAAACCCUUUACUCAGAGAUCAGAGUUGAUAAUUCAUCAGAGAAUCCAUACUGGAGAAAAACCUUAUGAAUGUAGUACCUGUGGAAAAGCCUUCACGCAGAAGUCAUAUCUCAGUAUACAUCAGAAAAUUCAUACUGGAGAGAGACAAUAUGAAUGCCAUGCAUGUGGGAAAGCCUUCAACCAGAAAUCACCACUAGUUGUGCAUCAGAGAAUUCAUACUGGAGAGAAACCUUAUGAAUGCAACAAUUGUGGCAAACCUUUUAUCUCUAAGUCUCAGCUCCUGGUGCAUCAGCCAGUUCACACAGGAGAGAAACCAUACGUGUGUGCUGAGUGUGGGAAAGCCUUUAGUGGAAGGUCAAAUCUCUACAAACACCAGAAAACUCAUAAUGCAGAAAAGCCUUACAUGUGUUCUGAAUGUGGGAAGGCCUUCAGACAGAAAUCAGAGUUGAUUACACAUCAUAGAAUUCAUACUGGGGAGAAACCUUAUGAAUGCAGUGAUUGUGGGAAACCUUUCACCUCCAGGUCUCAGCUCCUGGUGCAUCAGCCUGUUCACACAGGAGAGAAACCAUAUGUGUGUGCUGUGUGUGGGAAAGCCUUUAGUGGCAGGUCCAAUCUCUGUAAACACCAGAAAACUCAUACAGGAGAAAAGCCCUAUAUCUGUUCUGAAUGUGGGAAGACCUUCAGACAGAAGUCAGAGUUGAUUACACAUCAUAGAAUUCAUACUGGGGAGAAACCUUAUGAAUGCAGUGACUGUAGGAAGUCUUUCAUUAACAAAUCAAAACUACACGAACAUCAGCGAAUUCACACAGGAGAGAAACCUUAUGUGUGUGCUGAGUGUGGGAAGGCCUUUACCAACAAGUCAAAUUUGAACAAACACCAGCAAAGACACACAGGAGACAAGCCCUACAAGUGUUCAGUCUGUGGGAAAGGUUUUUUCCGGAAGUCAGUGCUCAGCAUACAUCAGAGUAUUCACUCUUGAAAGAAAAGAUAUGAGAAAACCUCACUAAGCAGAUUUGAUUGUACAUUAUUGAAUCCUUUCAGCAGAAAAAUAAGUAGAAAUGCCCACAUGUAAAUAUCACACAUUACUGUUCAGAAGAUGGGAUCUGAGAAGGACUGAAUGUAGCCAGGUAUGUUUCCCACAUUCUCUCAACCUCAGUAAGCCUCAAGGCAUUAAUACUCAGAAGGAACUGAGGUGAAUGCAUUAGCAAAAGCUGCUCCUAAAACCUGUGAUGGAACACUUAACAAAUUCUUAACCAGAAAGAUUAAGUUAUGUUAAUGAUAAUGUUGUUUUCUGUGGAAUUGGUACAGUGCCAACAAAUUCAGUGAUAACCUAGGGUAGUGAUACAUCCUAAUUCUAUGACUUUUUUGAUGCCAGAUUGUCUAACAGAAUCAUGGGUGCUUUUUCUUUUUAAUCUAACACAGUUGUGCAUAUCCUCCCUCACUGAAUAUUUCUAUAACAAAAGUGAUAACGCAAUAAAAAAAUAUGUAUACAGCCACAAAUCUCUGAGUGCAGGUUGACUUUUCAUUGUCAUCUAGCACUGUGACUAACAACAGGCGUCAUUAGCCACUAGUAGUUCUUGUCUCUGAGCUUCAGAGACCAUCAGUACGUUUUCUCUCCACACAAACCCCAUAAUAACUAAACAUUCAAACUACUUGAAUGUAUUUACCACGUGUUUGCAGUACUGUUCAUUGUUAAUGGGGACUACAUAGAAGUUUGAAUACCAAGAGGUGAGUUUGAUUGCGGGCAGUCUUGUAGGCUGACUACCACACUGAUAUUGUCAUUAUUAUUAUUAAUUUUUUUUUUAGAGACAGAGUCUCACUUUGUCGCCCUCAGUAGAGUUUUGUGGCAUCACAGCUCACAUCAAACUCUAGCUCUUGGGCUUAAGCGAUUCUCUUGCCUCAGUCUUCUGAGCAGCUGGGACUACAGGCACCUGCUACAACGCCUGGCUGUUUUUUUGUUGCAGUUUGGCCGGGGCCAGGUUCCAACCUGCCACCCUUUGUAUAUGGGGCUGGUGCCCUACUCAAUGAGCCAUAGGCGCUGCCCGUUAUUACCAUUAUUUGCAUUUAUGUUAAUACUAAACUUGCUGUUGAUACCAGUAUUAGGAAUGAUGAUAUUCGUGUAAACCAGAGGGGAACAGUCUGCACAUUGUAAGAUCUUUGUGAGGCCAAACACAGUGGCUCAUGGCUAUAAUCCUAGCACUCUGGGAGGCAGAGGCAAGAGGAUCACUUGAGCUUAGGAGUUCGGAGACCAGCUUGAGCAAGAGCAAGACCUUAUCUCUACUCAAAAUAGAAAAAUUAGCCAAUUGGCUGGAUAUUGUGCCAGGUAACUAUAGUCCCAGCUUCUUGGGAGACUGAGACAGGAGGAUUGCUUGAACUAUGGAGUUUGAGGUUGCUGCUAGCUAGGCUGAUGCCAUGGUACUGUAGCUUAGGACAACAGACUGUCAAAAAACAAAACAACAAAACCAAGGUCUUUGUGAGAAUUAAAUAAUUUAGAACCCAAUGCACAGUGCUAAUCAUGAUGAUUAGCAAAAUGUUGAAUGUGUAUCAGGGUCUGUCCUAGGCUCAUUAAAACUAUAAACUCAUUCAGUCUAUAUAAUGUUUGAGUUGGGCACAAUCAUUAUGUCCAUUUCACAGAGCUAGUAAAUAGCACAGAAAGCUUCAAACCCAGGCCCACUGACUACAGUGUCCAUUAUGUUAAACCCAGUGCAAUGCUGCUCCCCAAAGGACAUCAUCAAGGACUCAGUCUUCAUUAUAGUAAUGUUAUUUAUAAUUACACUGUAGAUCAAUUGCAAUAACUAUAAUUGUAAUGUAUUUAUGAUACAUUUCUGAGCUGAUUAUUUCUAUACCUUCACCUACACUCCAUAAGAAUAGUACAUUGUUAACAUCACCAGUAUUUUCAUUAUUUUAGUGUCACUGUGUUUAUUAUAAGAAAAAUAAAUGAUUAAAUCUUUAAAUAAUAUUGCUUUAUUCCUUCCCCUCCACCAUGGGAGUUCCUCUUUAUCUAUGAUUCAUAGCAUUUAAUGACCCAUGUCAGCAAGAAAACCGUAGAUCUGUUUACUCCUGUCAAAUCAAUGUCCCCUCUCAGCCUGGGGUGCUAUAACAAAAUACCGUAUACUGCUAGCCUUAAAUAACAGAACGUUAUUCUCUCACAGUUGUGAAUGCUAGAUGGUUCAGGGUCAAGGUUUAAGUCUGGUCAGCUUCUGUGAGGAUUUUCUUCUUGACUUGCGGAUGGCUUUCCUUCUCACUGUCCUCAUGUGGCCUGUCCUGUGCCCAGUGAAAAAGAGAAAUACCUCUCUUCCCAUGCCUAUAAAACCUCUCCAGUCCUGUUACUGGGAUCCUACCCUUAUAACUUAACAGAACCCUAAUUACCUUCUAAAAACCCAUCUCCAGAAUACUUUCACAUUGGGGUUAGUAUUUCAAUGUGUAAAUUUUGCUUGGAUACAGUUCAGUUGAUAAAAUCCACUAGAGGACUUCUUUCCUUUGACAUUUUAACCACAACUCAAGGGAUGAGUAGUGAUUGUGUACCUUCAGUAUAGGAAAUCUUUGUGUCACUCUUGGUUCUGGAAGGCCCUCCCUUCCCACCCCAUGUAUUACCCACUUUGUCUUUCUCAGCUCCCAUUCAGGGAUAGCCUCAGUCCAAUUGCAGAAGAAUCGAUUUUCUUCUUGGCCAAGUUGGAGACUGCAUAGAGUCAUUUUUUUUCCUCCUUUAGCAUUAUUCCAAAGCCAGGAGAAACAGCUGAGACCUGGGAGGCUUCUUCCACCUUCCUGAAUGUCCAAUUUUGGCUUUCCAUGAGUGCUUGCAGCUGUGUUGUUGAUUCCCAGCACCACUGGCUAAGUUAUCAAGAACUCUUCUGCAGGCUCCUUACACAAAUUUAGCACAGUCAUUUUAAUUUUAAAGAGGGGAGUUAGUCCUAAUGCCUCUUUCCUGCUUCACAAAGGAAAGUGUCAGCACCCUGGAGAAAAUGCACCUAUAAACUGGUCAGUCAUUCAGAGGUAGGAAAAGCACAAAGUGACGGUCAGGGUCAGUUUAGAAAUUACGAGUAACACACACUGGAAACCAGCAUCAACCUCUCAUGGCCAGGUGCCUCCUGAGGCUGCUUUGUCAGCACAACAUAGUAAUACAGGCAGUCCCCAAGUUAUAAACAUCCAACUUGCGUACAACUCACACUUAAGAAUGGAGGUUAUUAUACUUAAUGGAGAAAUGCACUUAAAAAUGGUAGCUAUUACAGUAAGUCCUUGAGUUACAAACAUCAAACUCAUAUAUAACUCGUAAAUAGAGGUACAAAUAACUAACUUAAAACUUGCACUUAGGCGCUGCGCCUGUAGCACAGUGGUUACAGCGCCAGCCACAUGCACCAGGGCUGGUGGAUUUGAAUCUGGCCUGGGCCAGCUAAACAAUGACAACUGCAACAAAAAAUGGCCAGGCGUUGUGGUGGGUGCCUGUAGUCCCAGCUACUUGGGAGGCUGAGGCAAGCGAAUCUUUCAAGCCCAAGAGUUUGAGUUUGCUAUGAACUGUGAUGCCAUAGCACUCUACCGAGGGCAACAUAAUGAGACUUGUCUCAAAAAAAACAAAAACAAAACCUUAAAGAUGGAGUCUAUUACAGGUAAUAGAUAAAUGUACUUUCUCUGACUUAACAUAUAAAUUCAACUUAGAAAACCUAUCACAUUUCUAACCCAGGAACUACCUGUAAGUUUUCUUGUUUGUUUUAUACAGUCUCACUACAUUGCCCUCUGUAGAGAGUGCUGUGGCAUCACAGCUUACAGCAACCUCAAAUUCUUGGGCUUAAGUGAUGCUCUUGCCUCAGCCUCCCAAAUAGCUGGGACUACAGGCGUUCACCACAACACCCAGCUAUUUUUGUUGUUGUAGUUGUCAAUUGUUGUUUAGCAGGCCUGGACCAGGUGUGAACCCACCAGCCCCAGUGAGUAUGGGUGCCAAACCUGUAAAUUGUUUCUUAUGACUGAUAAUUAUUCAUUUGUGUGGAAGCUAUAGAGUAAAAGAAUGUUUUCUACUUAUACUGUUGAAAUUUUCCUCACUACCAAGAGGAGUGCCUAUAAUUUUUCAAAUUGAAAUGGUAGAAAUGCACUGUCAAUGUUGAGGGGAUCCCCAAAUUUCUCAAAGUGUGAAGAGGAUGCACAUGAAGUAAAACCUAUAUUUUGAUUUUUUAGGCAGUGAUUAUAUUUGCAUUAUAGCUGAGUAAAUUGUGCUGGCCUUUCUAUUCAUAUUAACAUUCUCUAGCUGGCUUUAUUGUUUGUUUGUUUUAGAGACCUUACUAUGUCACCCUUGGUAGAGUACUGUGAAGUCACAGCUCACAGCAACCUCAAACUCCUGGGCUUAAGCGAUUCUUUUGCCUCAGCCUCCGGAAUAGCUGGAACUACAGGCACCCGCCAGAACACCCAGCUAUUUUUUUUUUUUUUUGGAGUUUGGCUGGGCCAGGUUUGAACCCGCCACCCCUCAGUAUAUGGGGCUGGUGCCCUACCCACUGAGCCUACUGGUGCCGCCCACAGGCUCUAUUUUCAAGCUGAGUCCUAGAGAGGAACAUCCCUGGCCUGAAGGUACCCAGCAUGCCCACAUCACAGUGUAGGUCCAAUUCCCUCAAAUCAAGUUCCACAUUUGCUGGAAGUGAACAUUUUGAGUAAAGCAUAGCCCCUCCCACCACUGUCAUGUAGAACUUGCUGGCAGAAGAGCUCAACAGGUGUAAGGAAUUGGUUUUUACAGCUUCCUAUCUGCUCCUACCUGCUGCUCCCUCCCCAAACAGGGGUAUGGUAGUUUCGCUGCUUCAUAAUUGCCAUAGGGAAAAGCUAGCAGAAGAGCUAGUGACUGGACUUGAGGUUUCAUUGCAUAGUAGGCAAAGAGAUACAUUCUUAUUUUUAUUUUAAUUUCUUUUUUUCUGCAUAAAAAUCAAUUUUUAAUUAAUCAUUUCUUUAUAACUACGUUGAGUAAUAAAUAAUAAUAUUCCUAUUCUGUCCUACUAUUCCAUACUAUGUUUCCUUCUUUUAUUAUUAUUAUUAAAUCAUAGCUGUGUACAUUAAUGCGAUCAUGGGGCACCAUACACUGGUUUUAUAGACCAUUUGACAUAUUUUCAUCACACUGGUUAACGUAGCCUUCCUGGCAUUUUCUUAUUGUGUUAAGACACUUAUAUUCAACAUUUACUAAGUUUCACAUGUACCCUUGUAAGAUGCAUUGUAGGUCUAAUCCUACCAAUCACCCUCCCUCCGCCCAUCCACCCCCUCCCACCCUCCCCCCUUCCCCAUAGUCUUAGGUUAUAACUGGGUUAUAGCUUUCAUAUGAAAGCCAUAAAUUAGUUUCAUAGUAGGGCUGAGUACCUUGGAUACUUUUUCUUCCAUUCUUGAGAUACUUUACUAAGAAGAAUAUGUUCCAGCUCCAUCCAUGUAAACAUGAAAGAGGUAAAGUCUCCAUUUUUCUUUAAGGCUGCAUAAUAUUCCAUGGUGUACAUAUACCACAAUUUAUUAAUCCAUUCAUGGAUCGAUGGGCACUUGGGCUUUUUCCAUGACUUAGCAAUUAUGAAUUGGGCUGCAAUAAACAUUCUGGUACAAAUAUCUUUGUUAUAAUGUGAUUUUUGGUCUUCUGGGUAUAUACCUAAUAGAGGAAUUAUAGGAUUGAAUGGCAGAUCUAUUUUUAGAUCUCUAAGUGUUCUCCAAACAUCUUUCCAAAAGGAAUGUAU